ACCAUGGAGCACCCUGAGGGACUGCCUCCGGAUCCGUUAGAAAAUGAUUCCACACCGAGAGUUUCAACAUCAGAAGUAACCGGCUCGCAAGAUCCCCAAAUUUCUGUCGACAACGGGGCGGAAACCGUCGGCGUCCAGGGCGCCGAAAAUGCCAGCUACCAAGUCACCCAAACUGCUGCCGACCAUGUCACACAAGCGGAUGCCGACAGCAGCGCCCAGGCUGGUGCCACAGCUCCUCCGGAAAACUUACCAGAAGGGAAAGAGAUGAGUAAAAGCCAGGAUGAACCUCCUCACGAACUUGAGAACCAGUUUAUAUUGCGUCUGCCUCCGGAACAUGCAUCUACUGUCAGGAAGAUACUACAUUCUAGAAGUGUUGCCAUGAAGGAUAAACUCAAAAUUGACUUAUCUUCUGAUGGACGUCAUGCAGUUGUUCAGGUAGAAGAUGUCUCACUAGCUGCAAAGGUGGUUGAUUUGCCAUGCGUUAUUGGAAGCCUGAAAAGUCUUGAUAAAAAAACUUUUUAUAAAACAGCAGAUAUUUCUCAGAUGCUUAUGUGCACUGCUGAUGGUGAUCUCCACCCUUCUCCGGAAGAACCAGUUACCUCUACUGAUCUUAAAGUAAUCAGGAAAAAUGAAAAAGAGAAACAGAAACAAUAUGUCUGGAAGCAUGGCAUUACUCCACCACUUAAGAAUGUCAGAAAGAAAAGGUUCCGCAAAACAACAAAAAAGCUCACUGAUUUCAAACAAAUUGAAGAAAUCAGCUUUCCGGAGGUAAAGGGCAUUCCUGCAAAACACGAGGUGUUAAAUGACCUUACUGUUAUUCCCCCUUCCCCCACUUUGGUUCAGUACAUCGAGUCUCCCGAUGUGGAAAAGGAAGUGAAAAGACUUCUGUGUUCAGAUGCUGAAGCUGUCAGUGCUCGAUGGGAAGUAAUUGCUGAAGAUGAAACCAAGGAAAUAGAGAGUCAAGGCUCUAUCCCAGGCUUUGCAAUAUCCUCAGGAAUGAGUGACUAUACGCAGGAUCGUGUCUCAUCAGACUAUGGUAUGCUUCGGGAGGUGUUCAGUGAUUCUAGCAGUAACAGUGAUGAUGAUGAUGAUGAUGAUGAGGAUGAGGAUGAUGACGACGAUGAGGAUGAGGAGGAUGAGGAUGAAGAGGAUGACUAUGAUGAUGAGUACGAAGUUGAGGAAGAGGGGGAAGAUUAUUAUGAAGAGGAUCUGGAAAGGGAGCUACAAGCCAAGUUCUUUGCAUCUGGCCAGUAUGAGGCAAAGGAAGGAGCCAGUUCAAUAGUCAUGGAUAUUCAGAAGCAGAUUCAUUACAUGGAGAAAAAGCUCCAAGUGAUUCGAUGCAAAGCACAAAGACAGAGGCAUCUCAUAAUGAAAGUGGAAAACCUGAUGCUCAAGAAUCAUUUAAAGUCUGUCCUGGAGCAGCUUAAGUUACAGGAAAUACAAAAAAAUGAGCAGAUAUCGAAUGUCUAUUAAGUGAAAAGCACAAGAUGUACAGACAGCGUUGAAUAAGACAGAGCACUUGUCCUCAUGGAGCUAACUGUCUAGCACAGAAGACUGGCAGUGAACAAAUUAACAGACAGAUCUAAAUGUGCAAAUCGUGAAGAAGUGCUGUGAAGGAGAAAAAAAAAAAUCUGUGGUUCUAUUUGAGUAAAAAGAGUCGUGCAUUAAAUUGAAUUAAAUUAAAAUGAUCGGCCUUUCUGAGGAAGUGAUAUUUCAGCUUUGACCUACAGGAUGAGUCCAGGUAAAGAGGGAAUGGAGAGCCUCUUGGGUGAAGCAUAUGCCAGGUCCCACACUGGGGAAGAACCUGGCCUCUUGGAGGACCUCUGGAGUAUUUAAAGCAAGGAAGAGAGUGACUUAACAUGAGGUUGCCGAAGUAGGCAGAGGCCAUAGCGUAUGGUCCCUUGCAGGCCAUGGUGAGGAGGAUGGGUUCUCGUGUGAAGUGUGGUGGGAAACCCAUGAAGAGUUUUAAGCGGGAGAGUCACGUUUACACUUGAUCCUAGCCA